AGGGUAACCAGGAGCCAGCAGCAACUCCUGAUGCAAUGGUGCAGCCAUUCACCACAAUCCCAUUUCCACCACCCCCACAGAACGGGAUUCCCACAGAGUAUGGGGUGCCGCACACUCAGGACUAUGCAGGCCAGACCAGCGAGCACAAUCUGACGCUCUACGGAAGCACGCAGCCGCAUGGAGAGCAGAGCACGAACACGGCCAGCACGCAGAACGGAUCUCUCGCACAGACAGAAGGAGGGGCACAGACAGAUGGACAGCAAUCACAGACACAGAGCAGUGAGAAUACCGAGAGCAAAUCCACUCCAAAACGGCUUCAUGUGUCUAAUAUUCCCUUCCGCUUUCGAGAUCCUGACCUUCGGCAGAUGUUUGGGCAAUUCGGCAAAAUCCUUGAUGUAGAGAUAAUCUUUAAUGAGCGUGGCUCCAAGGGAUUCGGGUUCGUAACUUUCGAGAAUAGUGCUGAUGCAGACAGGGCCAGGGAGAAAUUACACGGCACCGUGGUAGAGGGCCGUAAAAUCGAGGUUAACAACGCCACUGCGCGAGUGAUGACCAACAAGAAGAUGGUCACACCUUACGCAAAUGGUUGGAAGUUGAGUCCUGUGGUUGGAGCGGUGUACGGCCCUGAGUUAUAUGCAGCGUCCAGCUUUCAAGCAGAUGUCUCGCUGGGCAAUGACGCCGCAGUGCCCCUGUCAGGAAGGGGGGGUAUUAACACUUACAUUCCUUUAAUCAUUCCAGGCUUCCCCUAUCCAACUGCAGCCACCACAGCAGCCGCGUUUCGGGGAGCCCAUCUGAGGGGCCGAGGAAGGACAGUGUAUGGGGCAGUCCGGGCAGUACCUCCCACAGCCAUCCCUGCCUACCCAGGUGUGGUUUACCAGGACGGAUUUUACGGUGCUGACCUCUAUGGUGGAUAUGCAGCCUACAGAUAUGCACAGCCUGCUACUGCAACAGCAGCCACAGCCGCUGCAGCCGCUGCAGCAGCUUACAGCGAUGGUUAUGGCAGGGUGUACACAGCAGAUCCUUACCAUGCCCUUGCCCCUGCCGCUAGCUACGGAGUUGGCGCUGUGGCGAGUUUAUACCGAGGUGGCUACAGCCGAUUUGCCCCCUACUGAAGUGACGUGAGCCCCCUGCAAGUGGGACAGCCCCCCCAGUUCAUGAGGCCUGGCUAUUGCAAUAUUUACUAGUAGAGGAACUCUAUAGCAAGACGAGGAGGAAAAACAAGAAACAAAAGAGAAAAUACUUUUUUAUACCUCACUAUGUUCUUUGAAUAUGUAUUUUUUUCCUUUAAAUUUCUGCCUUUAAUUCUUUUGUUCC